CGGCAGGGCGGGGCGCGAAGAGUCGCGGCCGGGGUGGUGGCGGUGGCGGCGGGAGAUGCGGGCGGCUGCGGGCACCCAGCGGGCUGGGGUCGGCCGCCGCCGCCUUCUUCGGCUCCGCCGCGGUUGUCACCGUGGCUGCCGCGCCGUCCCAGAGGUGCCGGCGUGAGGAAGCGGUGGGUGGACAGCAGCGUCGUGCUCGCGACGGAGACCCAGAGGGAGCCCCGCACGCGGCCUCGUGCUCUUUCCUGCCGCACUGGGAAGUGCUGAGGAAGCAUCGGCCUUUUCCGCAGCAGUUAGGUUCUGCCUUAAAGUACCCAACAGCUGGGCACGCGCGCUCUUCAAACAACCAACUUAGCUGUGGAAUAAACCCGCAGCACCUUGGACACACCCGUGCUCGUGGGAACCUCCCCUUUGCUCAGGAUGAGACUUGGACGCUCACGGUGGAGCCGUUGAUGUUAACUUUGUUUUUCUGCAUGUGCAGCCUAGCUGUUGUAAACCUGUAGGGCUCCAGCAUUAUCUACGGUGACAGCCAUCCAGUAGGUGUGGAGGGGUAUCUGAGCUGGCUUAUUUCCAUUUCCGUAAUAACUAACCAUGCUCAGUGCUAUGGACAGUGCUAUCACCCUGUGGCAGUUCCUCCUGCAGCUCCUCCAGGAGCCUCAGAACAAGCACAUGAUCUGCUGGACCUCUGACAAUGGGGAGUUCAAGCUUUUGCAGGCAGAGGAGGUGGCUCGGCUCUGGGGAAUACGGAAGAACAAGCCUAAUAUGAACUACGACAAACUCAGCCGAGCCCUCAGAUACUAUUACGUGAAGAAUAUCAUUAAAAAAGUGAAUGGCCAGAAGUUUGUGUACAAGUUCGUCUCUUACCCGGAGAUUCUGAGCAUGGACCCCAUGAAGGUGGGCAGGGUGGACGGGGACUGUGAAGCCUUCAGCUUCAGUGAGGUUAGCAUCGGCCCCAGAGAAGUGGAGACCGGAGGGAGAGACAAGCCACCGCAGCCAGGGGCCAAGGCCUCCAGCCGCAAUGACUACAUUCACUCCGGCUUGUACUCUUCAUUUACUCUCAACUCUCUGAACGCCUCCAAGAGGAAGCCUCUCAAGUCCAUAAAGAUCGAGAAUCCAGCUGAGAAAUUGGCAGAGAGAAAAUCUCAGGAGUCAACACCAUCUGUCAUUAAAUUUGUAACAACACCUUCCAAAAAGCCACUGGUUGAACCUGUUAUUGCCACCAUCUCAACCAGCUCAAGUAUUUCUCCAUCUUCAGAAGAAACGAUCCAAGAGUUGGAGACUUUGGCUUCCCCCAAACUGCCUGCCGUGGAGGCGCCAACCUCUGCCUCCAGCGUAGCUCCCGCUUUUCUCGACACACCUGUCCCCUCCGUGUCCCCUUCCUUUCAGCCUCCUAGAACACCUUCGCCACCACCAAGUUCCAACCCAGACGUCGACACAAACAUUGAUUCUGUGGCUUCUCAGCCAAUGGAACUGCCAGAGAACUUGUCCCUGGAGCCUAAAGACCAGGACUCAGCGUUGCCAGAAAAGGACAAAACAAAUAACUCAUCAAGAUCCAAGAAGCCCAAAGGGCUGGAGCUGGCCCCCAUCCUCGUGAUCACGGGCAGCGACCCGAGCCCGCUGGGGAUCCUGAGCCCGUCUCUCCCCACAGCUUCCCUCACGCCAGCACUUUUCUCACAGACGCCCAUCUUACUGACUCCGAGCCCCUUGCUCUCCAGCAUCCAUUUCUGGAGCACCCUCAGCCCUGUUGCUCCCCUCAGUCCAGCCCGACUGCAAGGUGCUAACACGCUUUUCCAGUUUCCUUCUGUUCUGAACAGUCAUGGGCCUUUCACUCUGUCUGGCCUGGAUGGACCUUCUACCCCUGGCCCAUUUUCCCCAGAUCCUCAGAAAACAUAACCUGUGCACUUGCAGAAUGAGAGAACCAAGGACUAAAGACACGGACACUGGGCAUGGUUACAUUUGGAGUGAGCAAUCGGUGGUUCCACAGUGCUGAUGACAGACUCGUGUGACCUUUGCCAUUCCCAUUGAAAUGCCUUUUUAGGAUUCCCUUCCAGUAAGACUCAUGUUGGACUGUGUUUAAAAAAUGCCUUAAUUGGAGUCCAAACUCCACCUCCCUCUUUUGCUCUCUUUUCCCCCCAAAUAUUUUGAGCUUUGUAUUAAAGGCAUUUUUGGUGGGGUUUAGCAGCUAGCUAUGCUUUGCAAGAGCGAGUAAGAACAAAGUUCCUCCUCCUGCCUUACUAAAACCCUUUGGCCCAAAAAAAUACACACUCAAAGUAUAUUAUUUAAAGAAAUACUGGUUAAAUGAAAUCAGCCAUAUCUCAAAGACAAGUGUGCACUGUUGAGUGACUAAAGGUGAGCUAUGAUAAGAAAUAGGGGAGGAAGAAUCCUUUCUGCUCACACAGAGGAAGAUGAGAGCAGUACUCUUGGGGCCAUGCUGGUUUGCGGUGUGCUCUAACCUGUGUGAAGCGACUCCACAGAAAGGCGUCUUACAUGUAUACAGGGUGGGUCUCGGCCAGACGUGCAGCCUUGUCUGAGCCUGCCGACAGAGCAGGGAGGUGGUCUGAUUCCGAGUGGGGAGAUUUUUCAGCCUGGGGUUUAGGAGUGUUUGGAACAGCCGCGAGAAUGGGGGGCCCGUAUCCGGCCCAGGAAUGCUGGCCGCUCUCCGCGUGCUGUGGAUACGCACUCCAGUGCGGCAUGGCAGACAGCGGCUUGGAGGAGAGUGUGCCCAGGUUUUGAAGUUUGGAGGCGUCUCAAGAGUGAACGAGUCAGUCGAAUAAUGAAACAACAUGGAGGGCUUUUCCCAGUCAGAGGCUUACCUGGCACGAAGGACCCUUUCUGUUUACCGUUCAUUUCACCUCAUUUUCUGCGGUGGAGGUAAUCUUUCCAGUUUAAGGUUGUGAGAGGUCAUGAUAGUUUUAAAGAUAUAAUUAGGAAGAUGAAAAGCAAUAUGAGGCUUCCAAAUCUGUAGUGAGGAAAAGAUAUGCUUACUUCUUUGAAACUUUCUUUUUAGAUUAGGGAGGAGCAGAGUUCAUUUGGAAACCCUCCUACAUAGGCAUUAGAUUGCUCAUAUUAGUAGAGAAAAAUUUAGGCCUUUGUCUCUACAUUACCCAAUUUAUAAAGUAUUACCUUAUGGUAACUAAUGCCAGGUGCAGACAGCUUUGUCGAUCCCGCCAAACGGAAUUGAUACCAGCAUGUCAGUGGAAUCUUGAAAGUCCUGACUUUAAAGUCCAGUAUUAGAUAUUAUAUACGGCUCCUACCCCCACCACCGCUGCCCAUUAAACUACUUUUACAACCCUGGAGAUAGUUCCUGUGAUCCGAUCACAUGAACUAAAUGAACGAGGGAGCAAUGACGAGAGCUCAAGUGACACUGAAAGGAAUCGGCAUCUUCCAGAUGGGUAACACUGUGAAUGAGGUUAGGUGCAGGGUGGAGGAGCUCCCGGGCACGACUCCCCUGCUGGUUCAGCGACAGCAGCGGGACAGUGUUCAGGGAGCUGCCUUUGACUCUGGAGCGUGGGAGACCCGUGCUGCUCCGUCUGUGGUCCUUGGCUGACGGGCCUGUUCCAGAGACGUGCAGUAGUCGUGUGGAAAGGCGGUCCUGUUAGUGGUGACGCGGGACAGACUUACUGGACUUCUCCCCGUGUUGAAUCUUGCAGCGCACAUGCCUGUUUGAAAUUGGACCUCUCAGCAGCACUUUGGAAUAGUUUCAUCAAUAUUAGGUUGAUUAACGUUUUGUACAUUAAAUAAGUAAGUAUUGAUGGAUUGACUUAACUAGAUAUUUAACAUUUUGAAAGCACAAAAAAAAUUUUUAUCUUUUGGUAUUAAAGGAGAAAAGCCAUUGGUCUGGUUUCCCAGGUGUUGCCUUUCACAUCUAACUGCCUCUGGGCAGUGAGGACACUGUUGAAAGUGAGUCACAGUGGCUUCCUGCGGACGAGUUUCAGUGAGUCCUCCGUCUGCGAGCCUGUUCUGGAGCCUCUGAGAGGCGUGGGCCACAGGAGGCCGAUGGUCGCCUGCUUUCUCUUUGAAAUUAGUUAAUCUGGGGAAGCAUUUGUGCGUGCACAUGUGUGUGUCUUUUUUAAAUGGAAGUUUACAACCUUAGCUCAAGUGUAUGAGGCAGGCCAUUCUACGUGUAAACUACCUCCUUCCUGGAACAGUAUCAGCUUUAUAUAUUUUGAAAAUCCACAGAGUUCUUAGAACCCAGAGGUGACAUACCACUUAACAUCAGUAUUCACUGGAGAGACAUACUUGGUAGCUGUAGCUGAGGCCAUCGCCGGCCGCCUUGCCAGGAUGAAUGCUGCCAGGAUGAGUGCUGGUGGGCAAAAGUGGUCUAAGGUAACAGGGGAGCAGGUGGAGUGAGUUUUCAAGGCAUCUGCCAUGAUUAUCUCAGCUUUCCCUCUGCACUGGUCCAGAUCUACUCAGUGGUAUGCUGGGAAAUGUUUAACUGCCAGGCUCUUGGAAGGGAAAGAGAGCCUUACAUUGUAGCAUUUGCUGAUUUCCAAGGUGCAAAUUACUCCCCAUCUGGCCGAAGCUACCACCUUGGCACCGCGAAGGGAUGAGCACAGCCGCCUGCUCAGCCAGCAGCCACUGCAUUUGCUCCACCCGGGGUGGGUUUCAUGUAACUUCUAAAGCAUCUUUUUUUCAAUGCUGACUUUUAAAAAUACAGAAUUGAAGUCACAUGUCUGACCUCAGUGGUCUCUAUUCCAUGUCUGUCACAGUGCUUUUGUGACGUCAGACUCCUGGUGUAUUUUGUGUGUUCAAAGAAAGAUGGGAACAGCUGCUGAUUUUUAAAAAUUUGUAUGUAAUGGAAAAAUCCAGAAGCCCUGAAAAGGUCAGCCUUACACUUCUUAAGAGUUAAAAUAUAGGCUUAAUUUUUCUACAUUUUAUGGCUAAAAGAUAGGCGUGACUUUUUUGUCUUCAAGUUUUGAUGGCCAUGAGCCUAUGUAAUAAAAGGGUACUGGAGUUUUUAAAUUUAAGCUGAAAGAAUUCCUUGAAGAUUUACAUACUAUUUUCAAGGUCAGAAAGGCAGGGCUGACGUGUUGGAUCUGUUUACCUGGCACACUUUCUAGUUUUCUCCGAGCUGUGAGUCCCUUAGGCGGAGAAGGGAGAGCAAGUCAGAGGCUUGGUUCAGGAGCUGGGACCGCAGGCUGCUGGCAGCUCAGCCGCCACACCACCCACCUCUGGCCCUGCAUGAUGUCCAGUUGAAUGGUGCUGUUUCAUCCUGAUCACAGUUCGUGUUAGGAUUCUAGUUCUAGAGGCAGUUUUCUGUGUUUCUAGUGACUUUAAGCACAUCAGAGACCCUCACUGUCACUUCAGAAAAUCAGUCUCCACCCUUUUUGCACAUGCACCUUGAUCAGUACGAGCUUUUGAACACAGAUAUCCUAGUGCAAAUUCACAUGUAUAUAUGUUAAGUUGUAUACUGCUCUUCUAAAGUAAUAUGCACAUUCUAGGACACACACAAAAACAGAGAUAGGAUGGCUAGAAAAUAAGUGUCAAGUAGGAGUUCUGAUGUUUCUUCCUGCACCCAGCGGGCUGGCAACACGCUUUCUGUAACAACACCGACUCAGAACGUUGUCUGACCUGCGGGAAAAGGCAUGGAUGCUCUUGUCCUGACGUACGAAGAAAUCCUUCUGUAUUUGAUCUGAUUGUCAUGUAAAAUCUCUAGUAGAGAUUUGGGAUUUUUCAGGGGAAAAUUCAUGCUAAUUCUUUUUCUUAAGUCACCGAGUAGCCCAUUGCCAAGUGCUUUCCAGGGCCUCGCGCACACUGCUUUGGGCGGCCUGUCGUUGCCUUUCUCUUCAUACCAGGUUCGACUCUGAUGCACUUUUAUUUUACUAGUCUGCUUACAAACCUCUUUCGGUCUUAUUAGUGUUACAUUUUACUAAUAAAGUGAGAAUUAUUUCAAAUUGCUGUAUGUUAAAAUACAUAAUAAUCUCUGUUUUACUGCUGUGUUAGUAAGGUUUUUGGGUAACGUUUCAGCAUCUGAAGAUGAAAUACUUUCCUUGGCAGGCCCACUCUGUGUACCCCUCCACUCACCAUGUGAGUCUUAUUUAUCCCUGCCAGACAUCUAGAACCGUGCUCAGGGGCCGUUCUCAGGUGUGUGAACUGGCGUGGGGGCAGAUGCGGGGCUCUGAGCAGAACCCUGGAGCUCGGAAGAAUUACCGACCCAACGGGAAACUGAGAAAGACUCAUGGUGUUACAGUCCGUUACCUGAGGUGCGACAGAGUAGAUUAUUUCCGAAAAGGAACUGAGAAGGUAAUUGUUUAAUCCGCAGUAGUGAAGUGGAGGAAAACCAGAGGCGCACCUCUUCAGCAGGCGCUCUGACUGGAGAAUGGUUGCUGUGGAAGGUGUUGCGUUCAUUACCGUCCUGCUUUUGGGUCAGCAAGUCAGUGUUUUCUUGCCGUUCUCAGUGCUGCUGGCAUAGCCUGAAACCAGGUGCUCUGUUACUGCUCUCAGGUCAUCAGAAGUCAGUGUUUUAGUCUUCGAAUCUAGAGAUCUUGUGGGUGGUAGUGUAUUAAGCAAGAAGAGAAGGCGGUUUGAUUUCAUUUCUCAUACUUGAUGGAACCUGUUAGUAUAAAAGUCAUGUUUUGACCUGUGAACAGAGCAGAUCUGAAGGGUGAGUUGUUGAUGUAGUAUAAAUGUUCCAUUCGAAGCUGCCAGUUUCUUCAAGCCGCUUUUCUGAAGAAGAAAAAAAAAAGCAAUAGGUUGACAGCCAGCCAGAAAAUGGCAAUUUCUAGGGUGCUGUCGUUCACACCGGGCCGUUGUGGGAGACGGGGAUCCAGAGUGGUUCGAGUCGAGGGAAAGGUCGGCUUCAGCUUUCCGUGGAAACCAGGAGGUUCCGGCUGCCGCUAACAUCAUCUACAAUGAAACCUUGAACCAGGAAAUUCAUGAGGGAUACAAUCAAACAUUGUAAAUCUCUUGAACUCUCUAAUCUUUUGAGUAUAAUAUACAGCAGGAAGUUUUGUGAGGUUUAAAAUUUUAGUUUUAAAUACCUAAUUAGGAGACUAGAGCAUUUCUUUCCAAAUAUUUUGACUUAUGGGCUGAGUACAUAUAUGUGUUUAUAUACUGAUGUAUUGGCUGAGUGUGUGUGUGUGUGUAUAAAAUAAAUCUGUUUUUCAGAGGGAACAUACUGUUUAUCCUCUAGGAUGGCUCCUAGGCUAUUUUGUACUAAAACUUAAAAAAAAUUGGCGCACUUUGCAAUUGCCACUUUUAAAAAAUUAAUGCCUUGCACAUUUCAGUUUUUUUAAAUGCAUAGACUCAUAGGCCUUAAAGACCAUUUGCUUGCCAGCCUUUAGUAACUUGGCGCCAGGUCUGAUGGCUGCCGAACAGGUCAUCUUCAGCUCCUAGUUCAUGUCUUACGGGGCAAAUGAGGAUGUCCCUUCUUAGAGUUUCUUCAUUUACUUUUGCUUUUGUGUAGAACCCAUAUUAUGUUGGGUUCUGAGUUUCUCAAAGGAGAGGUUGAUGUGAGAAGUAGUGUUUCUGAAAUACCGAUCCAACCGUGGACUGAUCCGAUAGUGAAGGGAUUCUGGCAUUGCAGCCCGGUCAUCCUCGUGAACUGGCAUAAGUAUCAGCAGGAACCUCAGAGCAUCGUGGGCCGAAUACUGUCCACUUUCCCUUGCUUUCCAUCCCAUCAGGGCCCACUCUGGGUCUUGUCCCUUCUAAGGGUUCUGAGCCCUGCUCGGACAGGCCUGGGAUCUUCUGGACGUGGGUGGGGGUGGCGGCGCCCUGUGGCUGGGCCGGAGUUCUCGCCAUAGAAAACAUUCAAGUACGCCUAGAGUUCAGGGGCGAGAAUGCCAUCUAUUGGUAUUAAAUCAGUUGGCACUUUGGGGGACACCAUUAUUAGCACUGUUUUAUUUUUAAUAACUGGAAGCACUUAAUGAUUAUUUUGUUAGUUUACUUUCAGCUUUGAGGGUCAGGGAAGUAGGGUUUAUUUCUCACUUAUGUUUUCUGGAACUUAAGACUGUUUGAAGAGGAGAUGAGCGGAUUACCCAAGCAGCCUUUCUUCUGGUUCUCUACUAUGCCCUUUGACUAGGAUGUUUCAGAAUAAUUAACAAGCGUUAAUAUUUCGCUUUGCAGAAAUGUGUGACUUUUAAUGAUCUACAAUUGAUGUAUUGUAGCCAACUUCGUAAACUGUUCAAUUUUAAGUUUCUUUUCUGUUUAAUCAUUGUUGUUUGUGUAUGUUAUGUAGGGGACAGAGUUCCUUUUCAGACAUUUCAUAUUUUUUUGUUGGGGCAGUGGUCCCAGUGGCCUUUAUAUGUACAUAACAGUCAUUGCUUUUGCGAUAAAGUAGCAAGUUUGAUGAACUUCCCUGCUCAGCGUCAGUGAAAUUAAGAUGCAUAUAAGUAAAGACAGAAAUCAGGACAAUUAGUUUUUGAUUACUUAAGGCCAGUUUGUCCAGUUUGGCCGUCCAGCCUUCUCUAACUGCAGUCCUGUCUCUUUUCUUUGCCUUCUGGCAGUGUAGUUAACCUUUGUUCACAUGUAAGUCCAGUCAUUUUGCUACUGCUUAGCUUUGGUUUGAGGCAAUAAAAUUUUUUACUAAAAUUAGCUUUUUAAAAUUGUGCCCUUUAUUCACCAAAUAAUCAAGUUGGCUAAAAGUAAAAAGUGUAUAACAAACAAUUUUUUUAUGAGUCCUACUGGACCUUCAGGUGUGGACAUUACUUGAAAAUUAAAAGCUCUCUUUUAAUAAUAAACUCGUUAUCUUAUCCACCCAGUCUGUAACUCGGAGGGAGGGUCUGUGCGGAGCCCGCACAGAAGAGGUGCCUCUUUCAGGUCGGGGUCUCGGCGUUGGGCCGCGUGGUGGCAGGGACUUGCCAGGGCGCUUUUCUUAAACCCAGGUCUUUCCGCUGGGAAGACAGUUCAUUUUUUAUUUCCCUUCUUGUGUAUUUUAUUGAAAUCUGUCUCAUAAUACCCCUUACCCAUCACUUUUGUAUAAACAGAAUGCUUAUAUAUCAAAUGCAAGUGCAUACCUACCCAAAGGGAAGAACAACUGUUAAAGUUACUGUUAGAGUAACUUGUCUUCAUUUCAUUGUCAUUUACAUCAGGGAGACUUUCAAAGGUUUAAAAAUCACUUUUUUUCUUUUUUUCCAAAAAAGCAAUUAAAAAGAUGGUAACUGCUAACAUGUAUUAAAAUUGCAUUAAUUUUGUUGUAACUGAGAGAGGCUGCCCAUCUCUUCCGGCCAGGCAGUCUGGCCUCACCAGCCUGCGGGGAAACAAAGGGGUGUUGUUUCAGAGUUGACGAGGGUGCCUGUGGCCAGGGUCCUGCGUUCUGUUCAUCGGCGACAAGAAACUUUGCCCCAGGUUUAGGUGGGUGAAGGGGCUGGUGUGCCAGCACCGCGAGGGCUUUAUAAGGUGCUGCUUGUCAAAGACAAAAAGUGUUCCUUCCGACGUGGUAACGGUUGCUCUGAAUAACUAAUCAGGUGAUCCUUGUUUUUUUUUCUAUUGCUUUGAAUUUUAUGCAAAGAUUUUUUAAAAAUUCUGAAAUGGUGAUAUGCAUCUUAUUAGAAAGAUGAUACAUUAAAAAUAUUUUAUGUAAGAACUGACAGGAAUUUGCUUUGUAUAAUGGCUAGCUAGCUUUAAGAAAGCAUUGUAGAAAAUUUAUUAAAGUCCAAAAUUAUAUAGGUAUGUUAAUAGAUAUACGUGCAACUAGAUAUGGACAACUGUAUUUUUUUAAAUAAAUAUUUUUAACAAAAUG